AUGCACAAGUCGUAUUUGGACCGCGUUGGCGACUGGAUGAGGGAGGCCCCCGAUCAGGAUUGGGGCAAAGACUACGCCAAAGAGGAUUAUUCCAAGGCCUACCUACCUCGUGUAAGAGCAAAGGAACUGGAGCACGGAGGAGCCGUCAAGAACGGCUCGUACUCACCUCGAGCUAUCUACAAAGGGGGCGGGAAGCUUAUACGCCGUGCUAAAUCUCCACACCAUGAAAUUGAAAUGCCGCGUGAAAAGUAUGCCGAACGGAUCGUCAACUUCGAAAAGACUCGCGAGAAGCACAAAGAAAUCCAACCACCAAUGGCGUUCCUGAAGAACAAGCCAUUGUCAUGUGCCAAGUACUUUGUGGAAGAUAUAAUCUGUGUUGACAACAACGCACGAAGCGAACACGAGAGCGAGCAAUCUGAUGCCUCGCGAGACUCGAAGCGAAGAACAACAUGCGCGGCAGACUGCCCGCCAUCUCCCGAGAGAGUCAACCAAGCGGACGAAGAUGACAGCAGUGAAGAUGAAGAAGGCUCAGCACGCAGAAGACAGAAAAGUGCCGUGUAUGAUCGUCUCUACUGGAACGCUCAUGGUUCAAGAGCAACAGUGCUCGGUGGCACAGCAACUCCGGAGCCUCCAACGACAGCCGAGUACGUGGCUCACCCAAAAUGGCGUCAACACAGUCCUGAGAAAUGGGUCGGUGGCAGACCAUUCACCAGCACCAUCUUGUCAAGCAAGGCACAUGCAGCGUCUCGCUCCAGUAUCUCGGGGGCGCCUCACCCCAGGGCUGUGCUAGUUGACGAUCCGUUUACUCCUGCCGGAACUACCAGCGCACCUCCCACCCCUGAAGAGCACGCUCGUCGUGUCAAAAUGGCAUUGGAAACCACCUUCAAGCCUGUCCAACACCACAGCAAAAAGUACUUCAACUCCAUGUGGACAGAACGCAAAAUCUACACGAAUGUCGGGCGUGAACUUCUCCAACAGAUCCGUCAGCAGCACCAGCAACCUCCGUCCGUAUCCAAAUAG